AUGAAGCUUUUCGUCGGAAGCAGAAAUGCCACUAUCUUCAAGAUCUCCGGCUUAGUUUUAAUCUCCGUCGCUUGCUUCUUCCUCGGUAAGCAUUGGUCUGAAGAUGGCUUUCGCCGUCUCAUAUUCUUCUCCGCCGAUCCUUCUCGAUCACCCAUCGUCGCUCUCUCACCUGAUUUCGGAAAAACCUAUAACAUCUCCGGUUUGAUUUACGAGAGUCACCCGAUUUCGCCUCCGCCUCUUACACCACCGCCUCCGCCAGAUAGUGUUGAGCUGAAAGUGUUUGGGAUCGUUAAUGAGAACGGAACAAUGUCCGAUCAGUUCCAGAUUGGUGAUUACGAUGCUGAUUCGGCGGAGACGUUGGGGAAUCAGACGGAAUCGGAGAGUAGCGACGGUGACAUCGAGUCUACUGCUACUACGACGGCUAGAGUUAGUGUGAGGAAAUUCGAGAUUUGUUCGGAGAAUUUGACGGAUUACAUUCCUUGUUUAGAUAAUCUAGAAGCUAUCAAAAGGCUCAAUUCGACGGAGCGUGGAGAGAGAUUCGAACGGAAUUGCCCUAAAGAAGGAUUGGAAUUGAAUUGUACCGUUCCGAUUCCUAGAGGUUACCAAUCUCCGAUUCCAUGGCCGAGAAGCCGUGAUGAGGUGUGGUUCAACAAUGUACCACGUACUCGACUUGUUGAAGAUAAAGGUGGUCAAAACUGGAUAUACAAAGAGAAUGACAAAUUCAAGUUUCCUGGUGGUGGUACUCAGUUUAUACAUGGGGCUGAUCAGUACUUGGAUCAAAUCUCUAAGAUGAUUCCGGAUAUUAGUUUUGGUAACCAUACACGAGUUGUUCUUGACAUUGGUUGCGGUGUGGCGAGUUUUGGUGCUUACUUAAUGUCAAGAAAUGUAUUGACUAUGUCUAUGGCUCCAAAAGAUGUUCAUGAGAACCAGAUACAGUUUGCUCUUGAGCGUGGUGUUCCUGCAAUGGUGGCGGCAUUUACAACACGGCGGUUGUUGUACCCAAGCCAAGCUUUUGAUCUGGUUCAUUGUUCAAGAUGUAGAAUCAACUGGACUCGUGAUGAUGGAAUCUUGCUCCUUGAAGUCAAUAGGAUGCUUCGUGCCGGAGGAUAUUUUGUUUGGGCAGCACAACCUGUAUAUAAGCAUGAAAGGGCCUUGGAAGAACAGUGGGAAGUGAUGCUAAACCUUACCACUAGGCUGUGCUGGGUUCUUGUGAAGAAAGAAGGAUAUAUAGCUAUUUGGCAGAAGCCCACUAAUAACACUUGUUAUCUAAGUCGUGAUGCUGGAGUCAUGCCUCCUUUGUGCAAUUCUGAGGAUGACCCAGAUAGUGUUUGGUACGUAGAUCUAAAGGCAUGCAUCACUAGGAUUGAUGAUCAUGGAUAUGGAGCAAAUCUUGCUCCUUGGCCAGCCCGUUUACAGACCCCACCGGAUAGGCUGCAGACAAUACAAAUUGAUUCUUACAUAGCCCGAAAAGAACUCUUCCUGGCUGAAUCAAAGUACUGGAAAGAAAUAAUAUCAAACUAUGUAAAUGCCUUACACUGGAAGCAGAUAGGACUCAGAAAUGUCUUGGACAUGAGAGCUGGAUUUGGCGGAUUUGCGGCUGCAUUAGCUGAGCUAAAGGUUGAUUGCUGGGUUCUCAAUGUUGUUCCAGUCAGUGGGCCAAAUACAUUGCCUGUUAUAUAUGACCGUGGACUACUAGGAGUAAUGCACGAUUGGUGUGAACCUUUUGAUACUUACCCCAGAACCUAUGAUUUGCUUCACGCCGCGGGUCUGUUUUCCAUCGAGAGAAAAAGGUGCAACAUGACAACGACGAUGCUAGAGAUGGACCGGAUUUUGAGACCAGGAGGACGUGUCUACAUAAGAGACACCAUCAACGUGAUGAGUGAGCUUCAAGAGAUUGGAAACGCAAUGAGGUGGCACACGAGCUUACGCGAAACUGCUGAAGGACCUCACGCAAGUUACAGGGUUCUCUUAUGCGAAAAGCGGUUUGAAUCUUCUGAUACUAAGCAUCGUACCAAGAAGAAGAGGAAGGGUAAAGGAAAAAGAGCUUGA